GCCUCUCCACCUCCUACGGAUCGAUACCGAUUGAUAUUCAUUCACGGUGAGCACUGAGCAGGCGUCGUCUGCCAGUUUAGCUGCAAGCGGCGGCCGCGGCGAGCGACCUCACCGUUUCACAUCUUCACGGCGGCGGGAGGCGAGCAUGCAGGCGGUGGCGGGCAUCCGGCGGGGGCUGACCAUAGACCCGGCCGGGGAGGAGGAGGCGCCGGCGCAGCGGUUCGGGCGGCUGGUCAGGGAGAGCCCCGUGGUCAUCUUCGCGCGGCGCGGCUGCUACAUGGCGCACGUCAUGAAGAGCCUCCUCGCGGCCGUCGGCGCGCACGCCACAGUCAUCGAGCUGGAGGGCCCCGCCGAGGAGCUCGCGGCGGUGGAGGCCGGCGGCCACGCGGCCGUGCCGGCGCUCUUCGUCGGGGGCGCGCCGGUGGGCGGCCUGGAGGGCCUCAUGGGGCUCCACCUCAGCGGCCUCCUCGUCCCACGCCUCCGAGAGGUCGGAGCCCUCCGCGCCUAGCUAGCAGCCGGAUCCCCUGCUCCCCGUCGUCUCCGGCGACUCCCUCGCACGUGCGCGUGCACGCUUCGUCUCCGUCUCCGUCUCCGUGUAUGUACAUAUGAAGGGAACCAUGAGCUCUGUAAUUUCAAGACUAUCAAGGGUGUGGAGUAAGAAACAACAGGAUAAAUAAGCUGUACCGCACGGGUGGGAAGACAAUCCGUAGGAUGGAACUCUAGCGGGGGUGUUGUGACAAAAAAGGUUGGACCUAAAUGUGAUUAUUGCUUUACUUAGGACCUACUACUCCAGUUGUGUUGAGUUUCACAGACAUCAUCAGCAACUUAGCUGUUUGAAAAAAAAUCCCUCUUUGCUUGCCCACUUGUUUAAAA